CUCCAUGUUCAAGCAAUAUUCCAAUCUAGUUCCUAUUAUCCAUCAUGUCUCUCCUCCCCAGCGUUCCCUCCACUGAUCAAAUCCUUCCUCUCAUGCAGGACAUCAUCAACCAACUCACCAAUACGCGCAAAUCCAUCCUACAAACCAUCACUCCCACAACCGCCACCUUCACCAACACCCUCAUCCCACUGGCAGAGGUGGAAAAUGCCGUCCAAGGACAACUGGCCAUGAUCGACAUGUUGCAGUACGGCGCACCGUCGCGCGCCACGCAGGAUGCCGUCCACACAGCCCUCGGUCUCUACUCCAACGCGCGUGCGGAGUGGAUCGCCGACGCGGAUUUCUUUCACCUCCUGCAGGCCGUCCGUGACAAGCAGGAGGAUUUCGAUGCACUGGAUGCGGAAUCCCAGCACUUGCUCGAGCGGGAGUUAUUAGAAUAUCGAAUGGCGGGACAUGGGGUGUUGGGUGGAGAGGAAGUGGAGGAGUUCUUGCGCGAGGGGACAGGAAUCGCGGAGGUGGAGAGAAAGUUCCAAGAAAAUCUAUCGAGGGAGAAUGGAGGGGUCUGGCUUACCCGCGACGAGCUGGAAGGGCUUCCUGCGAGUGAGCUGGAGAAGUGGACGUCAGAGGGGGGUCACAUUGAUGACAGGCUAUUCGUGCCCUUUGCCAAUGGAGGCACGAUCGCGGUUUUGACCCAUGCCCGUCAUUUGGAGACCCGCAAGAAGAUGUUCUUGGCUGACAAUCGGAAAUUAAAGGAGAACCAGCCUCUGUUCGAAGAUAUCAUCCAGCGACGGGCACGGCAGGCUCAUCGAUUGCACUAUUCCACCCAUACGGAGUUUCGGUUGCAGCGACGCAUGGUGAAGGACUCGGAAUGGCUGCGCGGGUUUCUAACGGAACUCAAAACAACGCUGGGAUCUCGGGGUAAAGAUGAGAUUGCGGUGUUACAGCGACGGAGGCUGGAGGACCUGCGAGAGAAGGGAUAUGAUCCCGAUCGUCCGGAGCAGGGGUUUCCGCCAUGGGAUAAAUUGUACUACGCGCGGUUGGUGGAACAGGAGGCUGCUAUUGACCAACUCCAGCUAUCGCAGUUCUUCCCCCUCGAACAAACCGCCAGAGGAAUGUUAGGAAUCUUCGCGUCGGUACUAGGCCUCCGGUUCGAUCCUGUCAAAGCUGAGAAGGAGGGCCUUUGGCAUGAGUCUGUCCGCGUAUUCUCGGUCUGGGAGAGUACGCCAAGUGAGCAGUUCAUUGGGUAUCUCUACUUUGAUUUGCUAUGGAGGGAGAACAAGUAUCGUGGCAACCAGAGCGUGAAUCUCCAAUGUGGAUACCUCCGGCCAGAUGGCACUCGGCAAUACCCGGCCACCAGUCUAAUGUGUUCCUUCCCAACUCCGACCCCCUCAAGCUGUGCCUUGCUCAAACACCACCAAGUCGUGACUCUCUUCCAUGAAAUGGGCCAUGGAAUCCACGAUCUCCUCGCACAAACAAAGUAUGUCCGCUUUCAUGGCUACCGACUCCCUCCUGAUUUCGGAGAGAUGCCGAGCAUGAUGCUCGAGAACUGGUGCUGGAUGAAAGAGGUUCUACAGGGCCUCAGCGGCCACUACACUACCCUGGAUCCGAAUUACUUGAUUGAGUGGCGCAAACAACAUCCCGGCGCACCCGAUCCGCCAAAUAAGAUUCCAGAGGACUUGGUCGAUCGCCUGAUCAAGCACCGUUACCUGAACCGAGGCCUGUAUCACCUGUACCAGCUUUCAAUCUCCAUUUUCGACCUAGAAAUACACAGUCUCCACACGGAAGCAGAGAUUGCCAACCUAAACGUGCAGAAACUCUGGUAUGACCUCCGCGAAGAGAUCGAAGGCAUGGACUUUUCCGACUGCCGAGAUGGAUAUGCCUUUGGCACGUUCAGUCAUCUGACGGCAGGCUACGACGUGUGUUACUAUGCCUAUUUGUGCUGCACCGCAAUGGCCCAGGAUGUCUUUAUUUCCGUAUUCGCUGCCGAUCCGUUCCAAAAAGACAAGUGGGAGAAAUACCGUCGCGAGAUUCUGCAAUACGGCGGCAGCCAGCAGGACUUACUCCAGAUGCUGGAGAAUUUCUUGGGCUGUCCUCCGAAUAUGGGCGCCCUGGUGGCAGCUUUGGAACGAGCAGAGAGCCAGCAUUAGUGCGUCUUUUGGAUAUGAUCUCCCACACAUCAAGAUAAUCUUCCUAGAUCACCAAACAUCUAACCCAUAACAACAUCUCACCUGUAAACCUCCCUAAACCAUUCACAUCAGUAUAUCCCACCCUUUUGCUAAGCUUGGUAUCAAACCGCUGACUCAGCUCACGUCAUCCAGUACUAACUACUACUAGUAGUUAACCUCGCAAGCA